UGCUAACACUAUGGAUGACAAUGGCCUUCUCCCAGGCUUAGUAGUCAUAGUAGCCUAAUGCUAUCCUUGCAGAAUUUGGGUACACGCAGAUGCAACGCCCAACAGGCGUCGUUCAGCCCCACGGUCCAGAAACUGGUUCAUCCCGCACACCCACGCCUCCCUAGUGUCGAGUCCAAAUUUCUGGUCCGCAGAACUGCACGGAAAUCAAAACUGAAGGUGACCAAUCAAAAUUAAAAGUCUAUGAGGGGGAACAAUGAGACGUGUACCAAAUAGUUCCUUUGUUCACGAGAGGUCUCGAAGCACAUCUAGACUGGAUGUAAAAUAACAAGAACACCUCCAACCGGUGGUACCAAACUCUCAACCAGGGAUAAUUAGGCUCAAAAUAUAGUAACGUGACCCGCGUCACCCCGAGGACCCGCCCAAACCAUUGGUGGUGUUGACAAUGCAAAAUUUAAAAUACGUCUAAAGGUCCUUGGUGUCUAGGUCAAGUUGGCCGCGGGCCAUUUAUCACGAGCCGUUAGGCAGCGUCAAGCGACACUCCCGUUCAGGAUCUUAAGGAGUGCAGCCACGAAAUUGACACUUAAGAGAGAGGGCCGAACCAAUGCUGCGGCCUGGUGCGCACGCGCGCGCCCAGGGGCGUGGCCCACUAUGACCCGCCCGCUGCGCGUGCGCGGCGCGAAGUCAGGGCCGGGGGAUGUUCCUCCGGCUGGUGGGGGCAGCGGGCAGUCGGGCCCUGGCCCAGCCUUUUUCCAAGCUGUGGCGAUGUGGCGGAUGCGCAGGAAGCGGCGGGACGGUCUGGAGCAGCGUGAGGGCCUGUGGCAUUGCUCUGCAGGGUCAUCCGGGGAGAUGCUCACAGCAGCUGGCUCUGCAGGGAAGACUGACUUCAUUUUCCCCGAGACUGUAUUCAAAACCUCCCAGAGGGUUUGAGAAGUUUUUUAAGAAUAAGGAGAACAGAAAAAGUGCAAGCCCAGAAAAUUCAGUAUCUCCAAAAAAAGAACCAAAGAAUGCUGGCACUGGAGGAGAUGGAAGCAACAGAGGAGGGAAGGGAGAUGACUUUAACUGGUGGAAACGGAUGCAAAAGGGAGAGUUUCCUUGGGACGACAAGGACUUCCGGAGUCUGGCUAUUUUGGGAGCUGGUGUGGCUAUGGGAUUUUUAUAUUUCUAUUUUCGAGAUCCUGGAAAAGAGAUCACCUGGAAACACUUUGUACAGUAUUACCUGGCCAGGGGUCUGGUGGAUCGGCUUGAGGUUGUGAACAAGCAGUUUGUGCGUGUUAUUCCUGUUCCUGGGAUGACAUCUGAGAAGUUUGUGUGGUUUAACAUUGGUAGUGUUGACACCUUUGAACGGAACCUUGAAUCUGCUCAGUGGGAGCUGGGCAUUGAGCCCACCAACCAGGCUGCGGUGGUCUAUACUACUGAGAGUGACGGCUCUCUUCUUAGAAGUCUCCUGCCCAGUCUGGUCCUGGUUAGCAUACUCCUCUAUGCUAUGAGGAGGGGCCCAAUGGGGACUGGUCGAGGUGGGCGAGGAGGCGGCCUCUUCAGUGUUGGUGAGACAACAGCCAAGAUCUUAAAGAACAACAUCGAUGUGCGAUUUGCAGAUGUGGCUGGCUGUGAAGAAGCCAAACUGGAAAUUAUGGAGUUUGUGAAUUUCCUCAAGAACCCAAAGCAAUAUCAGGACUUAGGAGCCAAAAUUCCAAAGGGAGCGAUGCUCACUGGUCCACCUGGUACUGGUAAAACACUUCUUGCAAAAGCAACUGCUGGGGAGGCCAACGUGCCCUUCAUCACUGUGAAUGGGUCGGAGUUCCUGGAAAUGUUUGUUGGUGUUGGGCCAGCACGGGUCCGUGACAUGUUUGCAAUGGCCCGAAAACACGCUCCUUGUAUUUUAUUCAUUGAUGAGAUUGAUGCAAUUGGCAGGAAGCGAGGUCGUGGCCAUCUGGGAGGCCAGAGUGAACAGGAAAACACUUUAAACCAGAUGCUUGUGGAGAUGGAUGGGUUCAACUCUGCCACUAAUGUGGUCGUGUUAGCUGGCACCAAUCGUCCUGAUAUCCUUGACCCAGCCCUGACACGGCCUGGCCGGUUUGACCGCCAGAUCUACAUCGGUCCCCCUGAUAUCAAAGGCAGGUCCUCUAUUUUCAAGGUCCACUUGCGUCCACUCAAGCUGGAUGAAAGGCUCAGCAAGGAUGCUCUUUCGAGGAAGCUGGCAGCUCUUACUCCAGGCUUCACUGGUGCUGAUAUUUCCAAUGUGUGCAAUGAAGCAGCCCUGAUUGCUGCCCGCCAUCUCUGCCUUUCUGUCCAGGAGAAGCACUUUGAACAAGCCAUCGAGAGGGUCAUUGGAGGCCUUGAGAAGAAGACCCAGGUCCUACAACCCAGUGAAAAGACAACUGUAGCCUACCACGAGGCUGGGCAUGCAGUGGUGGGCUGGUUCUUGGAGCAUGCAGACCCUCUGCUGAAGGUUUCCAUCAUACCUCGGGGCAAGGGGCUUGGCUAUGCCCAGUACCUUCCCCGUGAACAGUACCUCUACACACGGGAGCAGCUCUUCGACCGAAUGUGUAUGAUGCUGGGGGGUAGAGUGGCUGAGCAGCUGUUCUUUGGUCAGAUCACCACAGGGGCUCAGGAUGACCUGAGGAAGGUCACCCAGAGUGCCUAUGCCCAGAUUGUGCAGUUUGGAAUGAGUGAGAAGCUGGGCCAGGUGUCUUUUGACUUCCCCAGACAAGGCGAAACCAUGGUGGAGAAGCCAUACAGUGAGGCUACUGCCCAGCUCAUUGAUGAAGAAGUCCGCUGCCUUGUCAGGUCUGCCUAUAAUCGAACCCUGGAGCUGCUCACAGAGUGCCGGGAGCAGGUGGAGAAGGUUGGCAGGCGUCUCCUGGAGAAAGAAGUGCUGGAGAAAGCUGACAUGAUAGAGCUCUUGGGCCCUCGACCCUUUGCAGAGAAGUCCACCUAUGAGGAAUUUGUAGAGGGCACCGGCAGCCUAGAGGAGGACACAUCCCUUCCUGAGGGGCUGAAAGACUGGAAUCAGGGGCGGGAGGAAGGAGGUACUGAGCAGUGCUUGCAGGAGAGCCCUGCAUAGCCUGUGGCCACCGGUGGUGGCUUGUGACCACUGAUGACUGGGAGCUGCUCAGCCUUUGCAAAGCAGCUGUCAGAGUAACUGAAAAACUAAUUAAAACAGAUGACAACUGCAAA